AUGGAUACAGAUUCGAUUAUUACAAAAGGUGAAUCAGAAUCCGUCAUCGUAGUAAAUGAUGAUGUUAAUGGACCACCUGUUAUUCAAGAAUUUUUUUCAAAAUUGAAUAUUAAUAUUGAAAAGAAUCGAUGGACUUGUUGCUGCAAUAUUUGUUCAUUAUCAGUUACAGCUACAUAUAAAACAACUUCGAAUUUUUUAAAGCACAUAAAAACUAAACAUCGAUUAGCAUUUGAUGAAUGGAAAGAUUCGACCAAUAAUAAACGUCAACAGCUUCUCACCAACAGUCUCAUUCGAAAUCUUAUUAUUAAUAUGAGUCUUCCAUUAUCGAUAGUCGACAAUGAAUCGUUUAUGAAUUUUAUGUUAGAUGUUGAUCCAAAGUACAAAAUGAUUAAUAGACGUGAUAUUACACGUUCGUUUCUUCCUAUUAUGUAUAAAAAAUGUAUAAAAAAGCUACAGGAUAUUUGUAAUCGAUCAAAAUAUGUUAGUCUCACUCUUGAUAUAUGGAGUGAUCGUAGAAUGCGUAGUUAUUUUGGCAUUACACUUCACACAAUUAUUGAUGAUCAAUAUAAAACUUAUGUUCUUUCGUUCGAACGUCUAAAAGGUAAACAUUCUGGUGAUAAACUUGCUGCUGAAUUUGAUCGUGUUAUACAAAUGUACAAUUUAAAGGAUAAACUUGUUAGAAUAGUUACUGAUAAUGCAAGUAAUAAUCAAGCUGCAUUUGAUAAUCUUAUAUUACCCGGUUUUGAAGAAUAUUUUAAUGAUAUUGAUGAUGAUCAAUCUGAACGUGAAACAAGUGAUGAAGAUAGUGAUAAUAAUGAAUUGUACGAAAAUAGUCAAUUACAAGCAGAAGAAGUAGAUGAUGACAUAUAUGGAACAACACUUAAUACACCAGCUGAACAAGAAUUUUUACGAUUACCAUGUUUUAGUCAUUGUCUUCAACUUGUUGUUAAUGAUGGAAUUAAAGCUGCUGGUGGUGCAUUAUCAUCUCUUAAAAAAGUAGCUGAUCUUGCUAAACUUGCACAUACAAGUACAUCAUUUGCAGAACGUUUAGAAGAACAAAAGUACAGUAUUCCUCUUGCUAAUCGAACUCGAUGGAAUUCACAAUUUCAAACUGUGAAGAAAGUUAUCAGUAUUCCAUCCUUCAUUCUUAACUCCAUUUUAACUGAUUUAAAAAAAAAUAAUCUUAUUCUUAAUACUAAAGAUAGAAAAAUUUUAGAAGAUUUUGUUUCUUUAUUUGAACUGUUUAAUGAAGCUACUGUUCUAACACAAGGUGAAUUUUAUGCUACUGUUAGUCUUGUUGCACCUACUAUUCUUGGUAUUCUUUUUGAUCUUGAGCGUGAACAUGCUUCUUCAAAUUUAUCUCUUGUAUCUGUGUGUGAAGCACUUCUUUCAUCUUUGAAAGCUCGAUUUAGUGGACUUCUUCGUCAUUUCGAAAUUGAUGUACCAUUUGCUUUUUAUUCCAUGUCUGAACGUUUUUCUGAUCCUAUCUUUCUAAUUGCGCCACUUCUAGAUGCACGUUUUAAGUUGUUAUGGCUCGAUAAUCUUCAAUUUGCGAUAAAGUUACGUGUUAUCGAAAAAAUUUACAGUACUUUUGUUCGUUUUUUCUCAAAAUUGAAUUUUUCUGUAUCACAACCAGAAGGAGCUGAUGAGUCGAACGUAGCUGAACAAGAUAUUACUGAUAUGAUGACAAAACAUGUUGAUCCAACAACAAAAAGAAAAUGUCUUUUUCCUUACUUAAAUGAUACAAAAAAGAUUUCAUUUGAUGACAAAUCGAAAGUUUUGAGAACAGUAAUUGAAUUUGAAGUUCGUAUGAAAACUAUUGGAGGUACACUUGAAAUUAAAUCAUAUGAAAAACUAUGA